CGACAGUCAGUGACAGGAGCGCGAACGGGCCAUCCCAGGGUCCUCUUGCCUGGCUCGCGACCGCGGCAGCUGGAGUCCUUGUGCUGUCGUUUAUAUAUAACUUCAUAGUCGGAAAGAAACGUCUACCUGGCCCUUGGCUGACAUUUCCUAUCCUUGGUGACGCUGUGGAGCUCUUCACAACCGACCCAGCACGCCUGCUGUUUAGCAGGUUCAAACGCUAUGGCAGAAGCUCCUCCUCCAUGCACGGCAGCCCCCGUUUCCGACCCGACGGGGCGAGUCUUCCGCAUGAAGCUGCUUGGCAUGGAGACCUACGUGGUGGCGGAUCCCGAGGCUCUUCGGCCGCUGCUGAGCGACGACGGGGCGCACUUCGCAAUUCCCAUUGCGUCUUUCAAUUGGCUAAUGGAGUCCCUCAGUGUGCAGAACAGCAAGCAGACACAUGGCCCUUGGCGCAAACUCCAUAUGGCCGCAUUGACGGGUGGCGGACUCAAGGCGCUUUUGCCAGCUGUACGACGGAUUAUGGAGGAUCAUGUACAGCAGUGGGCUAGCAGUGGCCGUGUGGGGAUUUUUGAGGAGGCUCGACGCAUGGGUUUGGACCUGUCCAUAUUCGCCAUCACGGGGGUGGACCUGGAGGGCAAGAUUGAUAUGCGCUGGUUUAAGGAGCAGAUGUACUUGUUCCUGGGCGGACUGUACGGACUGCCCUUCGCGCUGCCGGGGACCAAGCUGGCCAAGGGGCUGGCGGCCAAGAAGCGGCUGCUGGGGGCGCUGAUGCCGCUGCUGAAAGAGCGGCAUGAGGCGUUCCAUGCUGAGUGGGAAGCCGCCGGCGGAGACCCUGCCAAGGUGGCUGCCAAGCUAAUGGACGAGUCGGAGGAGCCCAUUACGGUGCAUAAGGCCCAGAUGAUGGGCUUCCACAGCAUAGGCGCCGGCACGCUGCGUGGCACCGCCAUGUCGGUGCUCCACAGCGUCAUGGCCGCCGCUGACACGACCCGCUUUGCGCUGUUCAACACCUGGGCGCUUCUGGCGCAGCUGCCGGCAGUGCAGGACAAGAUCUACGAGGAGCAGCAAAAGGUGGUUUCGGAGCUGGGUCCGGAGUUGAGCUUCCAGGCGUUGUCCAGAAUGCCGUACCUGGAUGCCGUGUUUAAGGAGGCGCUGCGGGUAUUGCCUCCGUCUUCGGGUGGCUUUCGUAAACUGACGCGCGACGCGACCAUUUGCGGUGUGACGCUGCCGGCGGGUACACUCAUCUGGUACCACGCGCUGCUGCUGCAAAUCUUGGACCCGGUUCUGUGGGACGGUGACACGUCUGUGGAUCUGCCUCCGCACAUGGACUGGCAGAACAACCUGGAGGCCGCGUUCCAACCGGAGCGGUGGAUGGGCGAUGAGACACAGCGGCCUCGCAGCUUUUACGUGUUCGGCUGGGGCUCCCAUCUGUGCGCCGGAACGAACCUUGUCCAGAUGGAGGUGAAGCUGCUGUUGGCGCUGGUGAUGCGCCGUUUCCGACUGGAGCUGGAAAUGCCGGACAUGCUGACUCGUGCUGAGCUGUUCCCCUACGUGGUACCUGUCAAGGGCACGGACGGUAUGCGGCUGGUACCCCGGGAGGAGUCUCUGCCCUGGAACUGAGGGGUUGCAGGUCCUGCUUGCUUAAAUGCGGGCGACCCACCGUUGCGGCGUGAUUAUAAUGUUGUCAUGCAUUGCGGAGAGAUUUUCGGCGGUGCUGAUGAGUUACCGGGGUUGAUAUUUUGUGAGGUCGUUUCUGUCGUUGCUGCGGUUGAUUUAAUUUUGGCCUUGGUCGUGUUGUGGCUGCAUGCGGCAGUUUGGAUAUGGGUACAUGCGGGGCUGGGAAGAGGUCCGGGCGGUAGAUGUUCGCUCUCAGACGGUGCAGCGACGAUGUGGUUGUAGUUCGUGAGGUGCACGUGAGUGGCACGCAGAUUCUUAGACAGUUGGGAUAGAUGACGUCGUGGAUGGUGGUACACCUGCGAAUGGUUACACGUUGCGGUGCGCACCUCCGCUCGUUCUACCCUUCUGUAAGGUUUGUCUGUCCUACCCUGUCCUGCAUGUUGCGGUGGUGCUGUGGUGACUUCGCAUAUGUUCCAUGCGGGCCAUAGAACGUUUUUAGUCGAAUACAUUUGUUUUCAUGCUUGGGUUAUUGUUACGUGGGCUCCAGCAUACCAUGUUUUCGCACACUGUUGAAUACAAGAAAUGCUCGGGCGACAGGCGGCGUGCCAUUGUACAUAUAGUAACGCCUCUUAUUACAGUUCGACGGUGCUUGCUCGGGGCCAUAUACAUACCUGCGCUUGAGCUGUCUUUACGCAGUUGCUCGGUCCUGGGAUCAGUUAUAUGUAUUCUGUUUCUGCCGCUUUGGCCUCAUGGCGCAGUCUGGAUUAACUCCUCUUCUCUCGUCCUGAAUACUACACGCUCUGUCCUGACUUGUCUAUCCCUACUUCUUUUCAGCGGAGCAGCUGGGGUCCGUGAAUUAUCACUCGCGCGUCGCCAUCUUCUUACAUUUGCUGGCAGGUUCGCGUCUCGAAUUUUACAUAUCUAGCUGUGAUUUGUGGGCUUGGUAUCGGAAGAUUUGAUUCUGUUGGCGGUUAGAUCCGUCCGCUGUAACGCCAUUAACUCCUGGAGUGGUGUCGGAGCUUAUGCAUGGACCAGCGUUUGGGCCGCUGGCUCUGCCCUGGACGAGACUUCCUGGAUAGCAUCCAGGAUUAUAAUGUAAUACGGCAACUCGG